UAUAAUAAAAAAAGAAAAUUAUACUUUUAUAUUUACUUUUCAAAGCAGCUGGCGCCCGCAGAAUAUAAUUAUAAAAUCUAUAAUAAGAAAUUAUUAAUUAUUAUCAGAUAUAUAAAAGCCUGGGAUAUUAAAUUAUAUUCUAUUUCUGAGUUUAAAGUAAUUAUAAAUUAUAAGAACUUGGAGUACUUCUAUAUAUUAAAAAAAUUAUUUAAAAAAUAUAUUUAA